UGCAGUCGGUCCGUUAAAUAGAGCUCUGCUCCGUUAGAUUACAUUUCUUUAUUUAUGGCUCUUUUUGUCAAAAUUUUCUGAAUACUGAAAAAACAAUGGAGCUUCUUUUAGUCUUGUGCCUCUGCAUCUCCACUUGGACUGGAAACACACUUGAUGAUGAAAACGAUGUUCCAAGACAUGCAAUAGAGGGCAGUGAUGUCAUCUUGCCCUGUUCUUCCAAGAAAAAGGACAACCUCACACAUGAAGUGUUCGACUGGAAGAAAAAUUAUGACAAGGAGGUGUUUUUAUAUGUCAAAGGAAAACAUUACAACAAUGGAAAAACUGGCCAAGAUGAAGAUUUCAAAAAUCGUGUUGAUUUCUUCGAAGAUCAGCUCCAGUUUGGCAAUGCAUCCAUCCGUAUCAAAAAAACAAAGCUGACUGACAGUGGAAUCUACAGUUGUAGAUUAUUUCCAAAUCUUGACCAAGAACAGACGUUUUCCUUUGAACUUGUUGUUAAUGUUUGCCCAGAGCCAACUUUCAUAACUGAAAAAGGCAGAAGGGUGAAGUGUUCAGUUCCUGUUGUUUCAGAUGUCGAGAUGGAGUUGCAUAACAGGGCUAAUAAGUCUGUAGGUCAGCUUGUUGAUAAUGGAACCUCACACAAUUCCAAAUACUUCAUGUUUUCUGUGACCGAGGAUGGCUACUAUCGUUGUCUUGUGAAGCAGAAAGAAUACUGCCAUCAAAUUUAUUCAGCAGAGAAUUUUGCUGAGAAAUCUGACACAAAAAACAGAGCAGAAGGGGGGAAAAUGAUCAAACUCAACUUAUUGCUAUUGUUGGUAGUGGUGGGCAUAUUGUUGCCUUAGUAUGUUUCCUGCUGGCAUCAAGUUCUCCCAGGUAA